AUGGACGCCGGGCCUUCGACCACCACCAGGACGACGACACCGACGGGGGCACGCUCAAGGUCCAAGACGGCGGCGGGGUUCCGCGAGCACCUGAGCGACGAAAGGAUCCGCCAAAUCGAGAUCAACAUGACCGACGACUAUCGGCAGCACAAGCGGGCUAUGCAUCGCCGGGGCGCUCGCGCCGUCGACGACCCGCCGAAGUCAGUCAAGCACUUGCUCAGGCGGACCCUGAACGACGUGAUCGCCGAGGAGAACCUGGACAAGCAGGGCAUCGACGGGCACAAGCCCAAGCCCCCGCCGACCUCGGCGCCCACCUACUGUGCAUACUGGUUCUGCUCGACGCUACCCGCCAACACACGCGGCGCCCGGAUCCCCUGGCAAAGCCAGGAGGCCGGCCGACGUGUGCUUGGUUGGUGCUCGCACCCUUGCACGUCGCCGCAAUGCCCUCAUUUUGAAGACCUUUACGACGUGGACUCGCCGGGCCUAGGCCGCUGCCUGCGUCCCGUCGUCGAGGGCAACGGCCGUGACCAUAUCGGUCACGAGUGCGCCGCGACUGAGAUUUCACGACGCCAGCGGGUGCCCCUGUCACCCGGCUCCGGCCAUCGGGUCGGCACCGCUGAGGCAGUCGACGGCGGCGGGGGCAGGAUCAGAGCCCACCGCCGCCCUGUAUUACUUAUCUUCUUUUCGACGUUCUCGUCGUUGCCAGAGUUGCCUAAUCUCGGCGGUCACGCCGCACGGUGCCUUUUGGCGGAGCCCGACGCACCCGACAAAAAGAGUGCCGUGCACCUGUUGCCUCGUCCGUCGACGCCGGUCAUGAACCAACAAGUCGCAUCGUCGGGACCCUCCGCGACUGUCGCCGACUUCUUUCGCGACGUCGCCUCGGCAGGCGGUUCGGCCUACAUCGCUACCUUGGCCACGUUCGGCGCGAUCAACACGCCGGCAGUGAGGGACUCCUUCGCCGUCCUUUUGGAGAACGGCGUGCCAGAGGGCCUCUUGCUGCAGAUCCUGGCGCCGGUGCCGCCGACGCAGCCGGAACCAACGGCGGCCAGGCCACCCAGGCACGACGUGCCGCAUAGAAGGACCCUACCCCGGGCAUCCUUGACGGCGGCCUUGGAGGCUAUGGACCCCGGGCGACGCCAAGACACACUGGCAGCCAUCGACGCCAAUCUGCUGGCAUCGUCGACCCGACGGGCCAUGGAGUCGCGAGUGAGGACGGUGAGCGCCCUGGCCGACAGAGGUCAGUUCCCCCUCUUCCCGCUCGACGCCAACAAGCUUCACACCAUCGCCGGGGCUAUGCGGAUCGCCGGCUACAGAUCGACCGGGCUGUACCUCGACGCUGUGGUAUGGCACCAGGAGAACACCCUCCACACGCCGGUCACACCUGGACUUCGACGUGUGGUCAAAACCCUGACCAAGGCAGCGGCGAGGGGCCUGCCAGGGUCCAGGCUCAAACAGGCAUUCGACCUCGACGAGCUCAGCAAGUUGGUCGACGACACGGCGCCAUUCGGGCCCUUCAACGCCGGCCUGGUGGCUCAUGCCGUCGAUGUUGUCAUCGUCGCUACUUGGUUUAUGCUGAGGGAGGUGGAGCUCGCGGCGGCCCGGGUCAGAGACCUCGGCGUGACCUUGUCGACGGUGCGUUUGCACUUCGACGGCCCACCCACUCUGCCCAAGAUGCGCCGCACACCGCCGGCCGACUUCCUGUUUCCGACUAGACCGACGGUGCAGAGAUCCAAGGCGGAGUCGGCAGAGAUGUUUCGGCUGGUGCUGGACGCCGCCGGCUUCGAGACGGUGUACCUCGACGAACAAGGCAAGCGCCGCUUGAUCUUCGGCGGCCACGCCGCCAGAGUGGCAGGUGCGACCUUCAUGGCGAUGAGGGGGGUCCCGGUCGCCGUGAUCCAGCUGCUCGGCCGAUGGGCCUCCACCGCCGUCGAACGGUAUGUCCAACAGGCACCCCUCGCCGUGGCAGCAGGCGUUCCAGCCCAGGCCUUGGCAGCGCCGAGUUCGUCGACAACAACGCCGGCCCAGCCCCUGGCGACACCGACGCCGCCGGCCCUCAUGGACUUGUUGCCGACGGGGAACUCAGCAGGGCACGCCGAUACGGCGGUGCCGGCCCCGCAGCAGAUGGUGCCCAACGUCGACUUCGCGGCUGAGGUGCCCGGCGUGGAGUUCGUGCCAGAACCCGCCAGGAUGCCGGUAGCCGACGCGAUCGGCGACUCGGCGCCCCGGUAUGUCAUGAACUGCCGCACCAAGAUGGUGCACACGCCGGGGGUCGACGAAGCGUCGACAGAAAGGUCGGAUUGGCAGGCCAAGUGCGGCUGGCCUUACGGCGUGCGACAGUUCUUUCGCCUGUCCGAGCUGCCGCCGGAUCCGGCCUUAUGCCGCAAGUGCUUCCCGACGGAAACCGUCGAUGUUGAGGCACCGGAGGCGAUCGACUCGUCGUCGAGCUCCUCGUCCUCCACUAGCGGAGCGACGUCGGACUCCGACUGA